AUGCCUCGCGCCCAGAUGGUGACCCAUGGCCUUGGAGCAAAAAGGGAUAAUGCAGGGGCAAAAAAAUCUCCCCAGCAAAUCCAGAUGCUGGAGAAGUUUUACUCUGAUGUACAGUAUCCAAAGCCAGAGGAAAUGGGAGAGUAUGCAAUCUGUGUUGGUUUGACUUACAGUCAGGUCCGUAUAUGGUUCAAAGAGCGGAGGAGAAAAGACAGGAGGAGGGAGAUGAGAGUCAUUGGGGCUCAGAUGGAAAGUCAAUUUAGAGCACGGUCCACUGGACCUAGAUCCAGCAGCAGUUCUUCCUCUUGUAACCAAGCUCCCAUCUAUGGUAUUUCACGUUCACAAUCGGAGUUGGACACUUGGGACACUACAUGCCAUCAUUCCUCUGAGAACCAAAGAACUGUGAAGAAGAGAAAGAUCAUGGAGUCUACUACUACUAACCAGAGAUCUGAUGUGUAUGAGGAUACCGCUCCUGUGCGGAAACAUGGAGUUGGCAAAGGUCUCAUGACAGUGUGGCAUGCCAUGUAUUCUCAUAACGUGAAAUGCCAAAGCGGCCCAAAUUUCAUUGAUGAAACUGGUUGUUUGAGGUCCCUUAGACCGUUUGAUGAUUUUGAUGGAUUAGAAAAUCGUGAUAAUGGAAGGAAGACUCAAGUGCCGUGUAAGAGAGUUACUGGUCCAAAGGUGCAUCCUCCAAUGGAUUGCCAUCUUUCAGUUGAUAAAUCAGAAUCUUCAGAACUACAGACUGAACUAGUGACUUUAGUGGAUGAUGAGGAGCUUGAGCUCAGUGAAUUACAAGCAGGUCCCAAUCCAUUAAGAUGUUCAGCUCACCUGUCUUCAAGUGGUAGACAUGACUGCCCCCUUUGUAAAGAUUUACUUGCCAAGUUUCCUCCACAAAGUUUGAAGAUGAAAAAGCUAUUCUCUACAAAACCUUGGGAGUCGUCACCUGAAAUGGUGAAAAAGCUUUUUCAGGUUAUCCGGUUUGUAUACGCUCAUUUUGGCAGUAUUGAUGUCCACCCCUUCACAUUUGAUGAGUUUGUGCAAGCAUUCCAUGACAAGGACUCCUUGCUGUUGGGGGAAGUACAUGUUGGUCUUCUCAAGCUACUGUUGUUAAAGGCUGAAAUGGGAAGUGAUGGUGUAUUUGUUCCACGAUCUUCUAAAGACUGCAGAUUUCUCAGUUUCCUGAACUUUGUUAGAGAACAAGAAUUCGAUGCCAAUGUUUGGAUCAGGUCGCUGAAUGCUCUUACUUGGGUUGAAAUACUUCGUCAAGUCCUUGUUGCUUCAGGCUUUGGGCCAAAACAGCAUUUGCUGAAUCAGGAAUUCUUUAACAAGGAGAAAAACCAAAUGGUUAAAUAUGGUUUACGUCCCCGCACACUGAAAGGAGAAUUGUUUGCACUGUUGUCUAAGGCAGGAAGUUGUGGGUUAAAGGUUUCAGUACUAGCCAAAUCAUCUGAGAUUAUUGAUCUUAAUGUUUCAAGCCCAUUAGAACUAGAGCAGUUGAUCUCUUUAGCUCUCUCCAGUGACAUCACAUUAUUUGAGAAGAUUGCACCUUCUGCAUAUCGUCUCCGUGUUGACCCCAAAAUUAAAGGGGAAGAAGAUUCUAUAUUAGAUAGUGAUGAUUCUGGAAGUGUUGAUGAUGAUGAGGAUGCUAGCAGAAGUGAUGAUGGAUCUGAUAGUUCACAAAAGUUCAAAUUUCCUGAGAAUGAAAGUAGACUUGCUCGAAGGAAGGAGAAAAAUGCACAUGAAAGUCCAAAUAAAUGUAGUGAAAUUGAUGAAAGUUAUUCAGGUGAAAGAUGGCUUCUGGCAUUGAUGGAAGGCGAGUAUUCAGAUCUAAGCAUUGAUGAGAAGUUGGAUUGUUUGGUUGCUUUGAUAGAUGUUGUGUCUGGUGCUGGUUCUGUUCCAAGACUUGAGGAACCACAAAGAGUCUUGCAUAAUGUGCCAAGAGUGCAUCCACCACAAUCAGGUGGGAAAAUAAAGAAAUCAACAAAAAACCUUUGUCAAUAUAGCGAUGAGUCCUUAAAUGGAUCAGGAAGUUUGGAUUGUUGUCAUCAAGGCCGACCAGGAAGGCGAAAAAAUCAGGAUUACACCACUGACCCUGGAAGGAACGAUCUGCCUGUCGCUGCUCAUGAACCACAAGUUGUUCUCUUAGGAUCAGACCGUAGGUAUAAUAGCUAUUGGCUCUUCCUUGGUCCUUGUAGGGAAGAUGAUCCAGGGCAUCGUAGGGUCUACUUUGAGUCCUCAGAAGAUGGUCACUGGGAGGUGAUCGAUUCACCACAGGAAUUACUUUCCUUGCUAUCUGUCCUCGAUAGCAGGGGCACUAGGGAAGCACAUCUCCUUACAUUGAUGGAAAAGAGACAAGCCUGCCUUUUUGAAGCCAUGAAAAAACAUGUGGAAGGAGGGAAGGCAGCCAGGCUUUCAGCCUCAUCUGAUUCAUAUUGCUCCCAGGCAAGUAGUGGAGAUGGAGCUUCGCCCAAGACAAGUAGUGUAGAUGGAACUUCACCUGUAUCAGACAUUGAGAACACUUCUGUUCCUACAAGCCUCAAAGAUAGUAAUUUGGAUUCAUCAUCUGCCAUAGUAAUUGAAAGUGGGAGGAGAGGUGAUGAAAAAAUAUCUAUGUGGGAACGGUUGCAAGCAUUUGAUAAGUGGAUCUGGACUUCUUUUUACUCCAUCCUUACUGCUGUUAAAAGUGGCAAGAAGUCAUUUAAGGAGUCACUAGUUCAUUGUGAAAGUUGUCAUGAUCUAUAUUGGAGAGAUGAAAAGCACUGUAGAAUAUGCCAUUCAACUUUCGAGGUUGGUUUUGAUCUUGAAGAAAAAUAUGCUGUACAUGUGGUGACGUGCAGGGAACCUGAGCUUUCACAUGAGGUGCCAAAUCAUAAAUUUCUGCCAUCACAGCUACAGGCACUUAAAGCAGCCAUUCAUGCUAUUGAGGCAUCUAUGCCUGAGGCAGCUUUUACUGGUUCUUGGAUGAAGUCUGCUCACAAGCUGUGGGUUAAGCGGCUGCGACGAACGUCAUCAUUGCCAGAGCUUUUGCAGGUUCUUGUCGAUUUUGUUGGGGCAAUGGAUGUUGAUUGGUUGUACAAAAGUUCAUCUUCUGCGAGAUUUAGAACAUAUCUGGAUGACAUCAUUGUCUACUUUCAGACAAUGCCACAAACAACAUCAGCAGUUGCACUUUGGGUUGUCCAAUUGGAUGCCCUCAUUGCGCCUUAUUUGGAUAAAGCCAUGGCAAGAGGACAGGUGGCGUGUGCUAGGUAG